CAAAGCAGAGUACACACCCGUAGCAACACAAACAUCAGCAUCAUGCCAGAGCACAGAGGAUGAUACAGAUAAGAUAUUAGCAAUAACAUUGGACGGAAACUAGUUUAAUAAAGGCGCAAUGAUGCAAGCGGACGACGCCAAAUAUUUAAAGCGGCAAUAUAAGGGUCGCAGUAUAGAUGUUCACCCGACAGAAAAAGCCCUGGUUGUCCAGUAUGAAGUGGAAGCCACGAUUCUGGGGGAACUGGGAGACCCAAUGCUGGGAGAGCGCAAGGAAUGUCAGAAAAUAAUUCGACUGAAAAGCCUGAACAGUAACACAGACAUUGCGUCUUUAGCACGGAAGGUAGUGGAGGAAUGUAGACUAAUUUCCCCUUCCAGACUUCCUGAAGUGGAACAGUUAUUGUUUUACCUGCAGAACCGCAAGAAACCUGCCGAAAAGAAAGAGAAGAAACCGAUCAAACCAAGAGAUCUGACUCCCUUUGAAGGGAUGGAGCUGGAUGAGGAGGCCAACAUUAAUAGCAUAGAUGAAUAUGUAGAGCUUCUGUAUGAGGACAUCCCUGAGAAGAUCAGAGGAGCUACACUCAUCCUCCACCUAGCCCGUAACCCUGACAACCUGGAGGAGUUGCUGCAGAACGAGGCCGCUCUCGGUGCCCUGGCCCGUGUCCUGAGGGAAGACUGGAAGCAGAGCGUCGAUUUGGCAAUGACCAUCGUCUACGUCUUCUUCUGCUUCUCAAGUUUCUCCCAGUUUCACGGCCUCAUCACCCACUACAAGAUCGGAGCAUUGUGCAUGAACAUAAUCGAACAUGAGCUGAAGAGAUAUGACCUGUGGCAGGAGGAACUGCAGAAGAAGAAAAAGGCUGGGGACGAUGACCCGGACAAUCAGAACCUGAAGAAGGACUAUGAGAAAGCUCUGAAGAAGUACCACGGACUGCUGGCCAAACAGGAACAGCUUUUGAGAGUGGCUCUGUACCUGCUGCUGAAUCUGUCCGAGGACACCCGCACAGAGCUGAAGAUGAGGAACAAGAACAUCGUCCACCUGCUGGUGAAAACUUUGGACCGGGACAGUGAAGAACUGCUGGUGCUGGUGGUGUCCUUUCUCAAGAAACUCAGCAUCUUUUUAGAAAAUAAGAAUGACAUGGAUGAGACAGACACAGUAGAAAAGCUGGCGAAACUGGUGCCCUGUGAACACGAAGAUCUCCUGAACGUUACUCUGCGUCUUCUCCUUAAUCUCUCUUUUGACACCAACCUCCGCAGCAAGAUGGUGCAGGUGGGGCUUCUGCCCAAACUCACCUCAUUGCUAGGAGACGAAGCGCAGAGACAGAUCGCCAUGUGCAUUCUGUACCACAUCAGCAUGGACGACCGUUUCAAGUCCAUGUUUGCCUACACUGACUGCAUUCCACAGGUAAUGAAGAUGUUGUUUGAUUGUGACGAGGAGAGGAUUGACGCCGAACUCAUUUCAUUCUGCAUCAAUCUGGCUGCCAACAAGAGGAAUGCUCAGAUCAUGUGUGAAGGUAACAGUCUGAAAAUACUAAUGAAGAGAGCACUGAAGCUAAAGGACCCUCUGAUAAUGAAGAUGGUCCGAAAUAUAUCUCAGCAUGAUGGGGCGACUAAGAAUCUCUUCAUUGACUAUGUUGGAGACCUCGCAGCUCAGAUCGGACUGAAGGAAGAGGAAGAGUUUGUUAUUGAGUGCUUGGGCACGCUUUCCAAUCUUACAAUUUCUGAUCUGGACUGGGAGCUGGUGCUCAAGGAAUAUAACCUGGUGCCUUAUCUCAAAGACCACCUUAAACCAGGCAGUGCAGAGGACGACCUUAUCUUAGAGGUGGUCAUUAUGAUCGGUACCGUCUCCAUGGAUGACUCCUGUGCCAUAAUGUUGGCCAAGUCAGGCAUCAUUCCUGCUUUAAUAGAACUACUGAAUGCCCAGCAGGAGGACGAUGAGUUUGUCUGCCAAAUCGUCUACGUUUUUUACCAGAUGGUGUUUCACCAGGCCACCCGAGAUGUGAUUAUAAAAGAAACGCAAGCUCCAGCGUACCUCAUCGACCUGAUGCACGACAAGAAUGCUGAAAUUCGCAAAGUGUGUGAUAAUACCUUGGACAUUAUCGCUGAAUAUGAUGUGGAGUGGGGCAAAAAGAUUCAGAGCGAGAAGUUUCGCUGGCAUAAUUCUCAGUGGCUGGAGAUGGUGGAGAACCGACAGAUGGAUGAGGCCGAACCAUUUAUGUAUGGAGAUGAUGGAGAAUCUUUCCUUCAAAAUGGAGACAUCCUGGAACGACCAGACCUGUUCUACAGUGCAGAUGGAAUUAUCCCAGCAGAUGGUGCCAUUAGUCCAGAGUUUUUCACAGACUUCCAGAACGGAGACCUGUUAGGACCACAGGGGUUUCACAGCAGUUUGACCGAUGCGUAUGGACAGACAGGCGUGACUUCAGCACGUCCGGCCACAGCUUAUGGGUUCAGGCCGGAUGAACAGUUUUAUUAUGGUUAUACAACAUCACGGUAAACCCUGCAUUUUAUAGCUCAUUAC